GUUGAACACCUCAUGAAGAUCAAGAGGACUGAAUUUCGACCUCCGCCAAAAGUCGACUCUGCGGUUGUACGCAUAGCUCCUAAAAACCCUCCGCCACCGAUCAAUUUCGAUGAGUGGGAAGGAAUGCUUCGAUUGUGUUUCUUGAGAAAGAACAAAACUUUGCUUUCAAUCUUCAAACAAAACAAUGUAGCCGAGUUAAUCGAAAAGAAUUAUCAGAAACUGUGCAGUCUGUUGAAUAAGCCGUUUCCAAAAGACCUUGAUAUGAAGAAAAUGAUCGAAGACACGUUAACAGAAGCUGGAUUCGCUGAUAAGCGAGCAAGAAAAAUGAGUAUCGAACAGUUUCUUGCUCUUCUGCUUGCAUUCAACAAGGCCGGUAUCCAUUUCCAUUCAUAG